UAUCUAGUCAUGUUAUAAACAACAACCCACACACACAUAUUCAUAGGGGUCAAUUUAGUUAGGUUUGUCUGCAAAUAGGCCACACAAAGAUCUACAAGUCUGGGGUGAGAUAAGUUCCAGUGCUGGCAUUUCCGUGAUGCUGCAGCUGCUACUCUCCCACCUUAAAAUCUGAGCCCGCCUAUUGUAACUAAACUAUGUCGUUUCACACCUGUGGACCGAAUGAAGCCAUGGUUGUAUCAGGCAUGUGCCGCAGCCCUCCUGUAAUGAUUUCGGGUGGCCGGGUGUUUGUCCUGCCCGGUGUACAGCGGAUUCAGAGGAUCUCCCUGAAUACGAUGACGCUGAAUGUGAAGAGUGAGAAGGUCUAUACACGACAUGGAGUCCCCAUCUCAGUUACUGGUAUUGCUCAGGUAAAAAUUCAGGGCCAGAAUAAGGAGAUGCUGGCAGCUGCUUGCCAGAUGUUCCUUGGUAAAGCAGAUAAUGAGGUGCAGCACAUUGCCCUCGAGACCUUGGAGGGUCACCAGCGUGCCAUCAUGGCUCACAUGACGGUGGAGGAGAUCUAUAAGGACCGGCAGAAGUUUUCAGAGCAGGUUUUCAAAGUGGCCUCUUCUGACCUUGUGAAUAUGGGGAUCAGUGUUGUAAGCUACACCUUGAAGGACAUCCAUGAUGAUCAGGGUUACCUGCUCUCCCUGGGUAAAGCCAGGACUGCUCAGGUGCAAAAAGAUGCUAGGAUUGGCGAGGCCGUGGCCAAGAGAGACGCUGGAAUUAAGGAGGCAGAGGCCCUACAGAUGAAAGUGUCCGCUCAGUACAUCAGUGAAGUAGAGAUGGCGAAAGCUCAGAGAGACUUUGAACUGAAGCAGGCCAUUUAUGACCUGGAGGUGAACAGCAGGAAGGCAGAGAGUGACCUGGCCUAUCAGUUACAGGUAGCUAAGACAAAGCAAAAGAUUGAGGAGCAGAAGGUCCAAGUUCAGGUGGUGGAGAGGGGCCAGCAGGUCAUGCUACAGGAGCAAGAAAUUAGCCGUAGGGAGAAGGAACUAGAGGCCAGAAUCAAGAAACCGGCAGAUGCAGAGCGCUACCGACUGGAGAAGCUUGCUGAGGCGGAGAGAAUGAAGCUCAUCACUGCAGCUGAGGCACAAGCAGAGUCCAUCAGGGUAAAGGGAGAAGCUGAGGCGUACGCAAUUGAAGUCCGAGCUCGCGCUGAUGCCAAGCAGAUGUAUAAAAAGGCGGAGGCCUUCGAGGAGUACAAGGAAGCCGCAAUAGUGGACAUGUUGCUGAAGAAGCUGCCUGAGGUCGCAGAGGCGAUUAGCAAGCCUCUAACCCAGGUGAAUAAGAUAAAAAUGGUGUCCAGUGGUGGGAACGAGGUUGGAGCCGCCAAGAUGACAGGAGAAAUUCUGGAUAUCCUCAGUCGCCUUCCAGACACGCUGGAGAAGCUGACUGGCGUUAACAUCAACCAGACUGUAAAGAAGAAGCCUUUGAGAAUGUCAUAAUUUCUGGAGUUAAACUUUCCGUGUUUCUCCACAUCCAUCUACUUGUCGCAUCUUCCUUCUCCUCCUGAAGCAUCUGCACAGAGUAUCCGUGUGUUAGGACUAUACACAGAGACUGUUCUCAGCGGCUGAAUUACAUGAUCUGGAGAUUGCCCUAUGUAACAACAUGAAGUCUUGUUCCAGAUCAUUUAACCAUUAAACCCAUAUUAAUUGUAACGUUCUAUCAGGUGCUUCCAUUACUUCGUUAGUGUCACCUGCAGUUUAACUGCAGUUUUAAUUUGGUCUUGAAAGUUAUUCUUUCUUAACCUGUUUCUUUAGUCAUCAUUUUGGUAGGCAUGUCGGAGCAGAGAUUGCACCAUCUUAUUCUGAGUUUUAUAGGUAACAAACUGGUAGUUCCAUAUCGCUCUGUGUUUUUGUUUUACUUUGUUACCAUGAGAUGGAAAAAAAAAAUAAGUGUGCCACGCGUUUCGCUGUUACCCUAUGCGAGAUCUCCAUGGUUACAAUCAGUGGCGACUCCAGAGGAGGGGCUGCAGCACAAUCCAAAAUUCAAAUAGGGAAGCCGCACCAACUGCCACUCCAAACACUGCCAAACAUCACCAGCCAGGAAUCACUGGCAGUUGGUGCGCCUCUCCUAUUUGAAUUUUGUACUGCGCUGCACCCCCAGCUCUGGAGCCGCCACUGGUUACAAUUAAUCAACAGACUUGAAAAUGGUCAAGAACCUUAUGUGCAUUGACAGUACCUGUAAUGCUUGACCGGGAUGAAUGGAUUAUAAAGACGUCCGGUAAUUCCACACCGCUCCUUCACCAACUAAGCGACUGACAGCUUAGGAGCAAAGAAGGCAUCUCCGGUUGUGGCACACAGUAAGCCGGCAUCGAGCUUCCGCAGCGGUCAUUGAGAUCACACAGCGACGGCUCCUACAGCGCCAAUCAGGUGGGAGUUAUAUGUUGUGGGUCCCAUUCAGGACAACUUACCUGUUUACAAGAACAGUAUAUUUCUAUAUAAUUUACAUAUGAAAAGAGGACCUUUACAACGGGAUGUAGUUAAUAUCCCGGCUGUCGGGAUCCCAGUUUUCAGGAUUCCGAGGCCAAAAUUCCGACAGCCGGGAAUGCCGACAGUGCUCGCCAGGGCUAUUCCCACUCAUGAGUGUACACAAUACCCAUAGAGUGGGAAUAAAACCUGUGGCGAGUGCAGCGUGCCACCGAGUCCCCAGCAUGCCCGCAAAGGGACUCUUAGCACCCGCCCCGCUGCCGGUAUUCUGGCGGCCGAGAUGCCGCUGUCGGUAUAUUGACAGCCGGCAUCCCGUCCGCCGAGAUAUCAUCACCAUCCCUUUACAAGUACUUGUCCUGCGUACACAGCUACUUACUGUAUAUCCAGGCUGUAAAAAUCUGCGGUUUCUUAUACAGUCUCCACUGACAUUCAUUUUUUACAUACAUAUUUUUUUAUUUCUUUUUUCAUUUUUAAUGAAUGCCAAUUGUUUUUAUGAUCCACCUCCCAGGAAAAAUAUGCAUAAUUUGUAAUAUUAACAAUACAAAGCUUUCUUAUAUGAAUUGGACUAUUUUGUAUUAUUUCUGUAUUAGCAUAUUAAAAACUCUUAAAUUA